GCAGAAGUCUUGUUGACUUUUUUCAUGACGUCGAAAGCCAAAGCUUCACAGACACCAUUUUGAUUUUCAAUCGUUUUACUUUCGGGUGGAUGAAAAGAUGGAACUGCGGGUUGGAAACAAGUACCGCCUUGGUAGAAAGAUUGGAAGUGGGUCAUUCGGAGACAUUUACUUGGGUAAAUUAAUCAUAAUCCUUGAGAAGCAGAACACUAAUAAGCUUAGAAAUUUACAAGCUCGUACGUUUCUUAAGUGUUAUCUCGCAUACUGUAAAUCGCGUUUUAAUUUGCUCAUACGCGUACGCUUAUUAUGAUUUUUUUUACCAUUUUAAAAGUUCACGCAGUUGUGGUCUUUAGCCUGAAAUGCGUUUAUGUUUCUUUUAGGAACGAAUAUCUCAACAAACGAGGAGGUCGCUAUCAAAUUAGAAUGUGUGAAGACGAAACAUCCGCAGUUACAUAUUGAAGCAAAGUUUUACAAGAUGAUGCAGGGCGGUGGUAAGACAUUUCCGAUAUUUAAGGCAUGAGGUCGUCUUAGACGAACUGUUCCUUCUUAACGGUAUGUCUAAAUAUUUUGGUCAAAGCUAUUUGUUUAUAGCACAUCUGUGGCGUUUUUAAAGUGUAUGUUUCAAACAGUAAGUUAAUUUUAUGCAAGUUGCAAAAUAAAAAGGUUAUGGGGGUCGAGAAAUGCUCACUGAUUUCUUGCAUAAUUGUGAGUGAAGUAGGCAAUUUUUCUUACGUCUCAAAAUCCAUUCUAGCAUAAGAUUUUUUAACUUGUAGUUUCGUUCAAGUGUUAUUCGUCUUUAUGUCCUAAGAACUUAAUAAUUGUUUGUGAUCUAGACAUCCACACAUUACUGGUGCAUUAAUGAACCCAUACAAUAAAUAUUUAGGGCAGAAUUCAAAGUUUUCUCAAAAAUUGAUGUCAUUGGUCUCUGAAACUGUGCCUAAGAUUGUUGUUCUAAGGCUAAUUCAUUUGUUUGAUCUUUGUUUUGGUGAUGUGAUAUAAAAACAAUAUUUAUUUACAGCUAUAUGUAUUCCAUUUGGGAGCUUUCUGUUUUAAGUAUGCCACUGUUUGGUUGUACCAUGUUGCUGUAAAUUUUAUGGUUGAAAGGGCCUCUGUCACAGUAUUGCAUAUAUCUGAGCUGUGACAGUAGCUCAUUGUUUUUAAAGGAACAGUAUCCUGUUACUGUACAUGUACCAAACUUUGAUUUUCUGACAGGGAUUUUGGGAAUUCAAAAGACAUGAGGAGAGUAAGAGAAUGUUGAAAAAUCUGUUUGCAUCGCGUUUGGCUGAGUUCGAUACUACCCUUAGGCUAAAACUUCUCAGAAUCGCAGGGCAAUGAUACAUUCCCAUUAAGGUUCGAUUUGGGUGAAAUCCGGAGCUUUUGGCGUUCUUUCAUUGCCUUUGGCGGGAGGACUGAGAGAAGGGAGGCGCUUUGAUGCCUAUCGAAGGCUUAUUUUCCCAACCAGCUUCCAUACAAGCUCAGAUAAUCGUGAAACGAAUAAGCAGAAAUGGAACAGCAACAAUAAAGACUAUGUAAGAGGAAAUCAUUGAGACAUGGAUGUGACUGAGGAGAUCUUGUGCCAGAAGCUUCUUGGAGCAGAAUGUGUUGCAACGAUGCGUUAGUGAACUUUUACUUAAACGUCCUUAUGGCCGACAAAAUCAAAGAAGCGGGCACUCAAUGUUUGGGGAAACAAGUGAAAUGAAAUCAUAAUAUAAUGUUUGACUAACCUUUGCAAUGCUUCAUUGCAUUGAAAUGGUAUUUUUUAUAUCUUUUUUAAUCUUUGAGGCCAGAACGGUAGCAAAUGUUACUGGACUUGGACUUGCCACAAUAUUGACCUCCAACAUGAGUUUCCCAGCAGAAAAGCUGUAAAUUGAGCAGAACGAGCUUUGUAGGUCAUGAGCUCAAGGCAGCUGAGCAAGCGAGAAAAUCCUGAGAAGUCUUCGUGCCACGAGCCAAAUUUUAAAUAAGAUGAAAGACUUCUUCAAAAGGAUAAAAUAUUAUUUGAGAGUGUAAACAACAAAUCUCUGUCGGCAGUGCGAUCCAGAAAUCUUGUCUCAUGUUUUUAUUUACUCUCUCCCCCUCCUCCCCUACCCAGAUUUUUAAAAAUGCUUGAGCCCUCCUCCCCCUUAGGCCCAUUCGGAUUUCUAUACAAUAAUUAUUAUUAUAAUCCAGUUUGUCGGGUGUCAACAUGAGAUCCGACUUGGUAUUAAUUUUUUAUGACUACAUGUACUUAGUUUUGUACCGCACGGCGUGUACGGCACUCUUCAGAUAAAAUUGCCAACAAGAAGUUUCAAGUAUUUGUUGUGGUUCAAUUUUAUCCUUGAUUUAAUUAUUAUUUUCCUUUGUUUUGAGGUAUGGUAAUGCACAGCAUCUACAAUGUGUCUUUUAAUUCUUCAGUCAUUAUUGUGCCCUGUAGAACCUUUAUGUGCCAAUUUUGAUCUGACAACAUUUUGUUAUAACCUCCUAGGAUGCAAAUGUUUUAAUUUUAACCCUUUCACUCCAAAACCAGUUACUGAACUUAAGCUAUCUUUGUUUUGAUGGCUUUUCACCUCCUAAAAAAGGGUUUUCAAAUUAGCCACAAAAGAGGCAGCAGUGUUUUCGCAACAAUGGUUUGAUCCCAUAAUUUGUGAGUGUUUAAUUGUACUGUAAUUGGUUUUGUUGUUUUUAACAGUUGGUAUUCCCAUCAUAAAGUGGUGUGGCACAGAGGGUGAUUACAAUGUUUUGGUCAUGGAACUCCUUGGACCCAGUCUAGAAGAUUUGUUUAACUUUUGCAACAGGAAGUUUAGUAUAAAAACAGUUCUUCUUUUAGCUGAUCAAAUGGUGAGUGGCAAAGGGUUGCAUACAGCUCUACAUGUGCGUGAACAUCAUUGCAGCAGUGCAGUUCUUUGCAUGCAAGUAUCACACAAGUACUUUCCAUUUUAACUGGGAAAGCUACAGUAUGGGCUGAAGGGUUUAAAUAGGAAAAGAGUUGUAAAAGCUGUUUAAAAAUAAUGGCAGAGGCCUGAAUUUUCUUCAUGUAGAUGCAAAGACAAGCACAUGGAUGUCAGGACCUUCUGUCUCCUUAUAAAAAUGUUGACCCAGUUUGCUUGGAACUGUGAUUUUUUACAGGAAUCAUCUUUGUGUGUUUUGCAUUGUUGUGCACCUUUGUCAAUAUAAAAUCAGUUUUGCCAAUUACAUACAUGUACAGUGGAACCCGGUUACAUGUACUCCAAUCGAACAUGAGGGGCAGGCCAUAGUUUCCAUUUUUAACCGAGUGUUGUCAUUAAGCGGGCCCUCAGAAAAAAAAAACGGACACAUGUUUUAUUGAUAUGAGGACAACUGCAAUAAUCUUGGACUUAAAUUACAAUUUAUUACCUUUUAAGUAUUGUUCUUGGAAUGUGACAAUGGAAUCUGCAACUUUACUUUAAUUAGUACUGAGAUUGCAAAUCGGCGGAGUGUGGAGGAGUGUGUCGCCGAGCAGUUAACACCUGGAACUCUGGAUCUGGAGGUCUGGGGUUCAAGCCUUGCCCAUUGCAUUGUUUCCUUAAACAAGGAACUUUACUCCAAUAUGUCUUCCUUCACCCAGGUGUAUAAAUGGGUACCGGCGAUAUACUGCUGGGGCAUAACCCUGUGAUGGACUAGCAUCCCGUCCAAGGGGGAGGAACUCCUAGGCAUGCUUCAUGCUAUGGAAACUGGUAUAAGCUCUGGCCGUUUGGGCCUUGGGGUCAUGUGCACCUUUACCAUUUUUUUUAGCAAAUCAGCUUGGUGGACUAAAUAUAACCUAAAACCUUUGAAAGAUUCUUUGCCGUUCCUGUAAAGCUUUCAUGUGUAAGAUCUUUAGUCAUAGCAGGGAAUUCACUAAGAUUUCAAGUUGACGGGUAAAUACAACAAGUUGGUGGGUAAUCAAACAGGUAGGAAUUUCUUUUGGUUCCAUGUUUCUUCUAUUUUGCUAUGAAGGUAGCCAGGGGCCACUUUCAUAGUAGCGGAGGAAAUCGCUGGCUCCUGGCUCUUAUUAGAGAGCUUUAGAUUUUAAGACGAGCAUGGCAACAAGUAUGAGAUUUUCUCAACACUACAUUGGAAGUAGUGCUUGCACAUGAGCCAGCGUCAUUUUGGCAGGAAAAUGUGAUAGCCAUUGUCAUUCUACUACAAGUUUUAGGGAGAAUAUCUUAGUGGCGGGAACAAGUUAUGAAAUGUCAGAAGUUUUAUCAUUUUGCUAUCGGGAGAGGGCUGUUGUACUUAUUAAGCGGGUGUACAAUGUACAUGUAUAUUUUUGUACUUUUAUAUAUUUAUAUUUUCUUGUUUUGUUGUACAUUUUGUACUCAUUAAGCUUUUGGUUGGGACAAACAAAACUGCGUCAGUAUUACAAUAUGGGUGUCUGUAGAGCGGCGUUCCACUGUACAUAGUAUGUUCACCAAUCUCAGUACCAGUACUUUGAAAUAGUGUCGAUUGUUGCAGUGUUUUUUAUCUUUUCUUAGAUCAGCAGAAUAGAGUAUGUUCACUCUAAGAAUUUCAUCCAUCGUGAUAUCAAACCAGACAACUUUCUAAUGGGACUUGGGAAAAAGGGCAGUUUAGUGUACAUUAUUGAUUUUGGAUUGGCAAAGAAAUACAGAGACCCACGGACACACCAGCAUAUACCAUACAGAGAAAACAAGAACCUGACAGGGACAGCAAGAUAUGCCAGUAUUAACACUCACUUAGGAAUUGGUAUGUUGUGACUGCAUUUUCUACAUGUACAUCAGAUGAUUUUUACAUGUAUGUUUGCUGGUGUACAUGUAAGCAUGUCUACAUUUUUUUAAUUUGAAAUGCGCUGCAUUUAAGCAAUUGCCAUUUAGAGCUGGAGGAUACAUGAUUGCUACAGAGCCUCCAAUUAUUAGUACUGUCAGUAGCAUAGCCAGCUUCUCGACUUGUUGUAGCCUGGCUGGCCAAGGGUCGGAAAUUUAUUUCAACAUGUCCUCCGCAAUGUUUGUUGUUUGUUGUUGUUUGUUGUUUGUUGAUUGCACACGUGACUAGUAAGCACUGACCUCUUCUAAACUUUGAGCUCUUAAGCUCUUGAGCUUGCCCCAACAAUACAUGAUUUAUUACAAGUGGACCCAGGUGGUAGAGUGAUAAAAACCAAAACACUGUAGGCCCUGCAGGCCUACCAGUCUAAGGCUAGAUACACCCCUGAUUAGGGUAGUUUCUUGGCAUUGGGGACAGGUGCAGUCACCAGACUGAAAGAAAACUGAACAAUAUCCACACCACAGCACAAAAGUGAACAAACAUUGGGUUCUGCAACACCAAGAAACAUCCACACAUUAUCAUGUGUGAUAGGUGCAAAAAGGGUAAGGGGGAGGGGAGGGGGAGAAUAAACUUGCACCAAUUAUAAAUUAUGUGUAUUGAGGUUAAAUUACAGUCAAACGAGGAAAACCAUGAACACCAGAAAUAUUUCUUGAAUGUUAUGCAAGAAAAAAGCCAAUCGCACAUGAGAAACCAAACUCUAAGCAAGGAGGUUAAUUAAAUUUUUUUUUUUUUGGCUAGUUUGUGUGUCCUGAUCUUUGCUGUGAUUGGUUGUAACACAACAAGCCCUAGGAUUGCAAAUGGCAUGGAUAGCAUUUUUCAUUUCCAUGCCCACAGAUCAUGGGAAACUAUCUGUAACAGUCUUUUUGGUUCCAUGGGAACCCACUUUUAUUUCUUUUAAUGAACAGAAACAUGUUUUUAAACAUACUUUAAAAUUAAAGAACAUCAGUGUGUACUAUUAGUUACAAAAAAACUGCAAUGUCUAUUAACGUGUCAGAAGAAGGUGUUUUAAAUGUUAAAUUUGUGUGCACUAAAGUGUCAAAAACCCCAGACUCCUCUUCAAUCCAACUAAAGAAGUGGACUCGGUUGAAAUGUUUGCUACAGAUCAUCUUUUCAUAAAGAGAUUUGGGCCUCAUCAUCAGUUUCAACAGUGAAAUUGUCACUAAAAGAUCACCUUCUAAAUGUUUUUAAUCUUUUGGAGUCUUUUUUAAAUGUUGUUAACUGCUAAGCAUCUUUCAUGCACGAGUCAUCAGUAACAUGCAAUGCACUUUGGGAAUGAUUCAAGAUAGUGGACUAUAGAAAAACGGUAACGUUUUUUAAAAUUUCGUAUACCAGUAUGUACACAAGCAGAGUCAUAAAGAAUUGCUCUACUAGUUAAGAAGCCGUGUGGAAAAAUACUACGUUUGUGUAUUUUGAUCCCUCAGUCUGAACAUACAUAUGUUUCAGGAUAUGUCACGGGAAACUAUUUUUCGGUUCUACUAUUUUAAGAUCACGGUGAUGACAGUGUACCAGAAAAGAUCAUUGCCGCGAAAUCCUAGGGCUUGACACAAUAAACAUCCGUGAGUGAAGUGUUCACAAUAAUUUUCCUGUUUUGUCUAUAUUAUUGUAGUAAGUAAGUACAAAUCAAUAACAUAGUUUAAUCCUGCCUUGUUGUGUCUUUAGAGCAAAGCAGAAGAGAUGAUUUAGAAUCACUUGGGUAUGUUCUUAUGUAUUUUAACCUGGGAAGUUUGCCGUGGCAAGGACUUAAGGCAGCUACAAAGAAACAGAAAUAUGAAAGGAUCAGUGAAAAAAAGAUGUCAACACCUAUUGAGGUCCUCUGCAAGGGUUUUCCAUGUAUGUGAUGAUGAAUGGUACCUGUAGAAUGUAUGCUUUUGAAUUCCCUGUGCAGUGGAUUUUUGUUCUUCAUCUGUACAACUUUAUAAGGAAUCUUAUUGUUCAAAAGUGAACAUUUAAGCUGUUAAUAUUGUUAUUUUACUUCUUCCAUUUGGAUAUGAACCUGGUAUCACUCUAUACAAAAUACUUAUGCAAAUUUAAUUAUUCCAGUCCUUGGGCUUACCAACAUGAAUUUGAGAUUUUGUUUUCUUUUUCUCAUAUAUCAACAUUUACUUUGUAAUCUCUUGAAAUGACAAAUUAUUGUACAUGUAUCUUGAAACAAGUUUGUAUGUACAUGUAUGAUGUUAUGGUGACCAUUUUAUGACUGCAUACUCCUGGCUUUGGACCUCUACUUGGGCAUGUAGCUAAACAGCUGUUUAUUGCUGAAGUUCAAUUCUGUUUUUAUUGGGUAAUGAAAUUUAUAUGCAGAAAGAAGGCACAGACUAUAAAUUAUUGUAAACCUUAGAACCACAGUUAUGCCAUUCACAGUAUUUGUAUUAUACUCUACUGAGUGUUGUUUCUCUUCCUUUUCUGCAGCUGAGUUUUCCACGUACUUAAACAACUGCAGGUCACUACGGUUUGAUGAUAAGCCUGACUACUCUUACUUGCGACAACUUUUUCGCAACCUGUUUCAUUGUCAAGGAUAUGUGUAUGAUUAUAUCUUCGACUGGAAUCUUCUCAAAUUUGUAAGUUUUCAUGCACCAUUUUAUUAUAAUUUUCUGAUAAAAUACUAUGAAAUUUCAAUGACACAGUGCUCUGUACAAUAUUCUUUUUUUUAAUCCCAGGGUUGAAAUCGUUAUUUUGCAUGUACAUGUAAGCUAGGCCUUCUUUACUAACCCUAGUGAGGCACAGUGAUCUAAUAACCAGGGUACUGGCCUCUAGACAUGUUGACCUGGGUACCACUUAUUUUGCUUGUGACAGACCACAUCCACCUGUGGCAGAGUUAGUAGUCACAAGUUUGGUUCCUUGGGCCUGAUCAAUACUUCGAACUGUACACUGCCAGACCUUUGCUUGGCUAUGCUGAUCACAUAGAAAUGGCAGUCCCGUCCUCAGCUGGAGACAACAACUUACUACAUAGUCCUAUGCUUUUAGUUUGGCAGUAGCAUUGUUCAAUGUCUUGUAGAACUCGUACAUUGUCCCUCCUGCUGUUGUACAUGAGUGUGUGUUUUUUUAAUUCAUUAAUUAAACCUAAAACAUUAAGCGUAUUUGAUAAUGUGGUGGGUAUGGUGUUUUAAAGUGGAGAUGUCAGAAAAACUAAGUAUAUUAAAUAUAUUUAAAUGUGAAAUUGAGGGAUUUGUCAGGAUAUUUUGAAAGAGAAAACGCUUAUUAUUUUCAUGCAGUUUGAUAGCGAGGUAUUAGCUCUGUUAGGCUGUUUUGACUCCAUAAAGAUCCUAUAAAGUUUUGACCUAAGUUUAGUUUAGAAUGAUUAUGUUGAGUCUUGAAGGCGUAACAGAGCUAAGAAGUAUUUUUGGUCUUGCUCAUUCUAAAGAUCUCAAAAACAAAAAAUCUUGUAAUCAAAAAUAAAAUCUUAUAAUUCCAAAAAUUCGACUAUUUGUGACAUCCCACUGUGGUCCUUUAUUCCAACUCAGGGAAGAGAACCGGAUCCGGGCGCUGAAAGAUGUGGAAUGAAGGGAGUAGAAAAAGUUUUGGAGAGAGAGCGUGAACCAAGAGAACCAGAAAGGAAUCAUCGAAGCUCUACAACUCGAGCCUUGGCUGGUGGGGCAUCUGGCCGACUAAGAGAACCCAUGACUGCUGCUACCCCUUCACCAGUUGGUAAGCAUGGUCGUCUGGCCCACACUUUCCUUUUCUUAAAGGUUAAACCACGAAACUCAGAACUUUCGAGAAAUAUCGCCCUUCUUUAAUUUGAUAGCAGAUUUCUAAUCUCUCAGUUUACGCUUUUAAAUUAACCAGGUGCACAAAGACCAAUCUCGCGCGCUGAGAGAGAACGGCGCAUUACACGUCUUCAUCGUGGAGCGCCAGCUGACGUCACAAGUGGUGAUCUCCCACGUGGUGACAUAUCCCGGAUGUCUGGGGCCCAUGUCCGCUCAACACCUGUAAUGACACCAACAUCUUCAGGAACAGGACUAAGAAGAGCCAGUGGAACAAGACAGGAGCGAGAUGCUGGAAUGAUGGAACUCAGCGCUGUUCGUCAUUCUUCCAAACAUUUAUCACGUGCUCAAAAAUAAUCGGCAAAGUGCAUGUGAAUUUCUAUCUUAUUCAGCAUGACUGUGGUCGCCAAAAGCUCGAGCUUUUUUUGUUAGUUUUCCUGUUGUUUACAGCGUUUGUCUCUCCAUUAGUGUUAUCCCGUGGAUGUCUAAAUUCAAGCUUUGUGAACAAUUUUUUUGUUGAACGGCAAUUAUUUGUAUUGUGUUUUGGUAAAGUAAAAUUCUUAAUUAAAUUCUUAUUUUUCAUUUAAAUGUUAUAAAAACUAGAAUUAGUGUUGGUGGCAGGAACAUCACACAUAGUAUCGUUUUCUACAAGCAUAGAAUUUGUUACAAAUAGUAUUUGCUUAUUUAAGUCCAAGUGUUUUUCAUUUGUAUUUUGGCGUGUCUUUCAUUAAGCUGGUAGUACAUGUACUAAAGUCAUUAAUGGUUAAAUUCAGGCUGUUUUUGGUGGUUUUAAGUGAAUCAAAACAGAAUAAUGACGAGACGCACCGUUCUGUCGUGUCAUGGGUUUACAAAGUUGACGUGGGAAAAAAAGCGCUUAAGGAAAACCACUCAUUGAAAAUAUAUGUUACCGCACUUUUUUAAGCAUAGGUAGGCGAGGAUUGAAAAUGGGCUUCAGCCUUUCUGAAGACUAAUUUUCAUUUAGCGGAUGGUCAAGGAAAUGGGUGUUGAAGACAAAAGCUACGCUUAAACUAAGAGCAGUCUCAUAUCGAACUCAAACAAAUGCAUGACCUUAGUUAAUUCUUAGUCUGCAGGAAUGAUUCGAGUUAACCCUUAGUGAGAACCUCCUAUUUACACUAGAAAACACUUGUAAAUAACUACUUAAGCAUAACGGAAACAGUUAAAUUAUCUACAUUUAAACUAGACUGAACAUUGUACAGAGUGAAACAAAACAAAGACCGAAUCAAACCUGAAGUCUUUUGUAUUUCGUGUCUGACCGCCUCAUCGCAGGUUAAAACGAAGUCUGCAUUAGAAUUGCUUUGAAUAAAAACAACCAG